AUGAUGGGUGCGGCGCGAACGGAAGGGUCCGCGCUCCCAUCACCAACCGAUCUCGCUGAAACAUGGAAGUUUCUGCGAAGUGGGGUGGAUGACAUGAUGAGGCGAUUCACGGAGGGCAUGUCGUAUGAGCGGUACAUGCAACUGUAUACGGCCACAUACAACUAUUGUAUUUAUACAGGAUACAGUGGCUCGAUUGGAUCGACCACAGGAGCUCAGCUUGUGGGUGGGGAAUUGCAUAAUUGUGUGUCCACGUACUUCCAGCAGCACGCGCAAGAGUUGUACGCCAAGUUAGGAGGUCUCGCAGGUGAAGAACUGCUGCGGUCUUAUGCGGAAGAGUGGGAACGCUACACAACCGGCGCGAAUUUUGUAAAUCGUUUGCUGGUAUACUUGAAUCGCCACUGGGUGAAGCACGAACGUGAAGAAGGUCACACGGAUGUGUUUACCGUAUACACUUUGGCGUUGAAGCAAUGGAAGCUGCACAUUUUCGACUUGAUUCAGCGUGAUAAUGCACUUAUUAAUGCGGUCAUGGACCAGAUUGAAAGGCAGCGACGUGGUGACAUGGUUUCAACGACACAGCUGAAAAGUAUACUGAACAGCUGUGUUUCGCUAGGAAUCGACGAGACAGAUCUGCUGCGGCAGAACCUUGAUGUGUAUCAGCAAGUAUUUCAAGGUGUGUUCCUGGAAGCUACGAGUGCAUUUUAUAGGACCGAAAGUGCCAACUCACUUGCUCACCAUUCUGUGACAGAAUACAUGAAGGAGGCAGAGUCACGCUUGGAGGAAGAAGAAAAUCGUGUGGAACUGUACAUGCACGAGAGCACCAGGGUACCACUACUGGAACUAUGUCGCUCUGAGCUUAUAACGGCGCAUCGUGAGGUGCUGUGGAACGAAUUCGAGAAGCUGCUGGUGAACGAUAUGGUAGACGACCUGGCACGAACAUACAAGCUUUUAGCCCAGGUUCAGCAUGGCCUUGAUCCGCUUCGUCAAAGAUUUGAAGCGUACUUUAUCUCGCGCGGUCUAGAUUCGAUUGGUCGGGAAAUGGAUGGGAACCUCGAAAUGGUAGAUCCAGCCACGUAUGUGUCUGCCAUUAUUCGUGUGUAUCAAGAUGGAGAGCGUAUGAUUGCCAAGGCAUUCCAGUCCGACUCGGGUUUUCAUGCUUCUCUCGACAAAGCAUGCCGCUCGUAUAUCAACAAGAAUCAAUUGACAUCCAUAUCGCCAAGUCGCGGCCCCGAGCUCUUGGCUAAAUUUGUCGACAGUGUCUUGAAGAAGAACACACGCAACACUGACGAGACUUCCAUCGAAGAGUCUCUUGAUCAUGCUAUGACUGUAUUCAAAUACAUCGAAGAUCGUGACUAUUUCCAAAAGUUCUACAUCAAGUUCCUGUCGAAGCGGAUCGUAUCAUUUUCAACCGUGUCGAUGGAUGCAGAGGAGAGCAUGAUUGCUCGAUUAAAGGAGGCUUGUGGUUUUGAAUACACUUCGAGAAUCCAGCGCAUGUUUACAGAGGCAUCGCUGACCAAGGAGCUCAAUGAUCGAUUCCACGACUGGCGAUCCCAGCAGCACUUUGACACGGGCAUGCCUUUUUACGCUUUCGUGCUUACUUCAGGUAUCUGGCCAUUGCAAACAAUUGCCACAGACUUUAUCGUUCCUGCGGAAUUAAAGCAGACUUAUCAAGACUUUAUGGACUUUUAUCAAAGAGCGCAUGCGCAUCGGCAACUUUCGUGGCUGUGGCACUUGUCGACAAACGAGAUACGUGCUACAUUCGACUCGCGCAAGUACAUUUUUACGACUUCUACAUACCAGGCAGCUAUAUUGCUGCUUUUCAACACUCAAAGUGUCCUGACAUACGACGAGAUCGCCGCCGCCACAGGACUAGAUAAAAACGCGCUGAAUGCUGCGUUGUUUCCCAUGACCAAAUUCAAGCUACUGCUUCAGCUGGACGACUCAUAUUCGCUCAACACGGACUUUAAGGCCAAAAAAGUACGCGUGAACUUGCACGUUCCUGUGCGAUCUGAGCAAAAGGUCGAGUCUGCUGAAGUGGCCCAGACCGUCCACGAAGAUCGCAAGAUGCUUAUUCAGGCUGUUAUUGUGAGAAUCAUGAAGGCGCGCAAGACAUACAGGCACAACCUGUUACUGAAUGAGGUCAUCAUGCAGCUGCAGUCGCGAUUUCAGCCCAAGGUGCCGGACAUCAAAAAGGCCAUCGACACGCUCAUCGAGAAGGAAUACCUUCAGCGCGUGGAAAAUGAGAAAGAUGUCUACUCCUAUGUCGCAUAA